AUGCCUCCAAAUAAUAAUGAAACAACAACUAAUGUUAAUUCUAAUAUAAUUUCUGGAUAUAGAAGAUUUUUACCUUCAGAAAAAACAACAAAAGGAAUUAUUAUUGGUGGGGUAACUGGAGGAAUUGAAAUUUGUAUAACUUAUCCAACAGAAUAUGUCAAGACUCAACUACAAUUAGAUGAACGUUCUGCUGUCCCGAGAUUUAAAGGGCCCGUUGAUUGUGUUAAACAGACUUAUAAAAGUAAAGGAUUUUUUGGAUUUUAUAGAGGACUUUCUGUUCUAUUAUAUGGUUCAAUUCCAAAAUCUUCUGUUCGUUUUGGUGCUUUUGAGUCAUUAAAGAGCCGAGCUGUCGAUGAACGUGGAAAUCUCUCUCCUUUACUUAGACUUGCUUGUGGACUUGGUGCUGGUGUAUCAGAAGCUAUUUUGGCUGUAACUCCUAUGGAAACAAUUAAAGUUAAAUUUAUACAUGACCAAACUUUGGAAAAGCCUCGUUUUCGUGGAUUUCUUCAUGGACUUGGAGUUAUUGUUAAAACUGAAGGAUUUAAGGGGCUUUAUCAAGGAUUAACAGCCACAAUGGUAAAACAAGGAAGUAAUCAAGCAAUUCGUUUUUUCGUAAUGGAAACUUUAAAAGAUUGGUAUCGUGGUGGGGAUAGUAGUAAAUCUGUUAGUAAACCUGUUGUUGGAUUGUUUGGGGCGAUUGCUGGUGCAGCUAGUGUUUAUGGUAACACACCUGUAGAUGUUGUAAAGACUAGAAUGCAAGGGUUGGAAGCAAAGAAAUAUAAAAACACUUUUGAUUGUGCUAAACAGAUUUGGGUUAAAGAAGGAUUUUUUGCUUUUUAUAAGGGAACAGUUCCUCGUUUAAGCAGAGUUUGUUUGGAUGUUGCAAUUACUUUUAUGAUUUACGAUUCUGUUAGUUUUUUUUUAAAUAAUAAUUUUUUGUUUAAAAUAUAUAUCGACAUAAUUUUUAGUAAUUUAUUUUGGGGAUAA